GUUUAAAGCGAUCCCGAAUCGCCGGAGUCGAAUCGCUCGAAGGGGGAAGAAGGCGGAACCGGCAGCUCCACGUGGGCUCCCAGGCCGCGUGGGUUCCAGUUGGGAGUCCCAACUCGGGUCCACCGACCGAGCCAUCGCCCGCCCCUCACCGGCCGUGCUGGGGCUGCCUUCUUCGUGUCCUCGGCCCCCUACCCCGAGACUCCGCGGAGGCCAUGGCGGCUAAGGCCUCGAGGCAGCGGCCCGCGCGGGUGAAAGCGGCCCUGGGCGACCCCUUCCACCUGGCGUGGCCUCCCCUGGACGAGACCCUGGGCGAGGAGCUCGUGGAGGAGCUGAGGGGGGCGCUCGGCGCCGCGGGCCUCGGCAGGGCCAAGGGCCGGCACGGGGACGCGGCGGGAAGGAAGCGCCGGGCAAAGAGGGGAGACGGUGCCAGCGAGAGGAGGAAAGCGACGGACGAGAAGAUGGAGGGCGAGGGGCUAAAGGGGGGCGACGAGAAGAUGGAGGUAGGCGGCAGGGCUGAGAGUGCGAUGAUGGGCAAUCGAGAGGCGAGCGUGGACGAUGACAGUACGGAGAUGAAGGAGAAAGCAGUGGACGAAGAGAGAGUCAACAGGACGGGGGAGGAGGGGGGUAAGACUGACAACACUCAAGCGGCGAGGAUGGACAAGGCGAAGUCUGUGGACGACGCGAACGAGGAGGUGCACGCCAAAGUCGCGGACGAGACCUCGGGUGACGCAGGCCUGUCGGCUGGCCCCCGUCGCGGUGGCUGGAGCGACGCGUCCGUACGCAGAGAGGCGGCCCUGGGCGUGAACGAGGUGAUCCGCGGGCUGGAGCGUGACGAGCUGAGCCUGGUGCUCGUGUGCGGCACCGCGCGUCCCCCUCUUCUGCCGCGACUCCUGGCCGCGCUGUGCGCCAGUCGCGCGGUGCCGGCAGCGCAGCUGGGAGCGCUGAGCGCCGCCGUGGCGCCUCUGCUGGGGCUGCGCUCCGUGCUGGCGCUCGGGGUGCGUAGGGACGCGCCGAGGCUCGCCAAGGCCGCGGAGCGAAUCGCCCGGAGGCUGCCGCCGCUCCGCGCGCCUUGGCUGAGCGGCGAGGCGCCCGGCGUUGGGACGGCCGCGUGCGUGGAUGUCGGGGUCGGUGCGUGCCGCUUGCUGCCGUCGAACGUCAAGAGGCUCGUGUCGAAUCCCGCUCGCAGGAAGCGCAAAAGGAGUUGAGGUCCCGAGUUUGGGACUUCUCCCCGCCCGCGCCCCGCUGUGGUUGUGUGAAGCGAAACGGGCAGCGGACGAACCGGGCGGUACAGCUUCACUCGAGGCGGACAGCGGGGUUCAUCCCGUGCGGCCAAAGCGGGGGACCACUUAUCGGAGGAUUGGAGAAGCGCCCUGUUAUACAACAUCGAAUUGAAUUAAGUUCAGGUGCGCGCAAAGAAAGUCGUGCAAGCCUACGUGUUAAACAACGCGUCUGCCUAAGUACUGUUUACACGACGUGUACGUGGUUUAGCGCAUGGUUUUUUUUUACCAACAAUAAACCACUCCCACCUAAACUGCGUUCUAAUUGAAAGUUUAGAGAAAUGGUUUCAGCGUAAGUUUUAUUUGGUCGAAUGGUUUGCAGUAACCUGUUUUAACAUCAUCCGUGUGAUUUCAAAUCGGAGACGCGUUCCUUAGUAAAGUCAGCUUUGAGACUGGCGAUCCACUAAACUUAUUCUGGUUUGCUUGGAAAAUACCUUUGUAUUUAAUCGGUGUUGACAAUGGUUGUAAGCUGUACAUUUGCAUGUUACCGUGAAAGUGCUAAUGUAAUAAAAUGCUGUCUAAAUGCACCGUC